UUUCAAAACUUCAAUGACGUUUUAUCUAUUGUUGACAUGUUUUGGAGGUUACGUCAACGAAGAAGUUCGAGGAAUUUCCAUUGUACGUAGAGAAGUUUAGUCAAUUUUAAAAUGGGAACCACCUUACUUUCACCUAAUUAUUUAUCCAGACUUUACUCGAUCGGAAGAAGAUGUUACUCAGAAUUUCCAAAGAUUACUACUCACUACACCAUUUUGCCAAGAGAAAAUGACCCUAGAUGGAAAGAUGUCAACAUGGAGAGAUUUGAGGAUGUUGCUGAUGUUGUCAUAGUUGGAGGUGGUCCAGCUGGUUUAUCAGCAGCUAUCAAACUUCGCCAACUUGCUGAGGCCAGUGGGAAAGAACUCAGAGUAUGUCUAGUUGAAAAGGCUGCUGAAGUUGGUGGACACAUUUUAUCGGGUGCUGUGAUCGAUCCGAUCUCUCUAAAUGAGCUAAUACCAGAUUGGAAAGAGAAAGAUGCACCUUUAAAAACUCCUGUUACCACCGAUAAAUUUGCCUAUCUAACAGAAACUGGUCGUUUCACAAUACCAAUCAUGAAAGGUAUGCCAAUGGAUAAUCAUGGAAAUUACGUUGUUCGACUUGGACACGUUGUAAGGUGGCUUGGAGAGCAAGCUGAGGCUCUGGGUGUAGAAAUCUACCCAGGAUAUGCUGCAGCAGAAGUUCUUUACCACCCAGAUGGCUCUGUCAAGGGAAUUGCAACCAAUGAUGUUGGCAUUGCCAAAGAUGGUUCACCAAAGGAUGCAUUUGAGAGAGGGAUGGAGCUCCAUGCAAAAGUGACUAUUUUUGCGGAGGGCUGUCACGGGCAUCUCACAAAACAGCUUUUCAGUAAGUUUGAUCUGAGGAAGGAGUGCGAACCUCAGUCCUACGGUAUUGGCUUGAAGGAAGUUUGGGAAAUCAAUCCUGACUUGCACAAGCCUGGAACUGUCGAGCACACAAUUGGAUGGCCCUUGGACUUCAAAACUUAUGGAGGCUCUUUUCUGUAUCAUCUGAAUGAAUCAAGUCCUCUUAUUGCUGUAGGUUAUGUUGUUGGUCUUGAUUAUUCCAAUCCUUAUCUUAGCCCAUUCAGAGAAUUCCAAAGAUUCAAACAUCACCCAUCUGUAAAGUCUCUUUUAGAAGGUGGUAAAAGGAUAGCAUAUGGGGCUCGAGCCUUAAAUGAAGGUGGUUACCAGUCGAUACCAAAAUUAACUUUCCCUGGUGGAUGCCUGAUUGGUUGUACUGCUGGUUUCUUGAAUGUACCAAAAAUUAAAGGAACACACUAUGCAAUGAAAUCAGGGAUGCUAGCUGCAGAGAGUGUCUUCAAUGCUGUUACAGAUGAAAAUUUAGCCUCUGAAACAGAAGGGAUAGAACCAAAAACAUAUGAAGAAAGUAUUAAGAAUAGCUGGAUAUGGUCAGACCUGAAGAGUGUACGAAAUUGUAGGCCAUCAUUCCAUACAGCUCUCGGUCUGUAUGGUGGAAUCGUUCAUAGUGGCAUCAGUGUUAUGUUGAAAGGCAAAGAGCCAUGGACUCUAAGUCAUGGAGAGCCUGACCACGCAAGAUUGAAACCAGCAAAGGAAUGCCAGCCGAUAGAAUACCCGAAGCCUGAUGGUGUCAUAAGUUUUGAUCUUCUCUCCUCUGUAGCACUGACAGGAACGAAUCAUGAGGGUGAUCAACCUCCCCAUCUUACCUUAAGAGAUGACACUGUACCUGUUAAGAAUAAUUUAGGAAUUUAUGAUGGACCAGAAGGCCGAUUUUGUCCUGCAGGUGUCUAUGAGUAUGUCCCACUUGAAGAGGGCGAUGGCCAGAGAUUGCAAAUCAACGCACAAAACUGCAUCCACUGCAAAACCUGUGAUAUCAAAGAUCCAUCUCAAAACAUCAACUGGGUUGUUCCAGAAGGUGGUGGUGGCCCUGCCUACAACGGCAUGUAAACUUUACUGAUUUUCUGCUCACCAAUGUAUUCUCAUUUUUACAUCAAUUUCUUUUAUCGAAUUUUACAGUUGUUCAUGAGGGCAAACCGACUAGUACAAAUUUUUUCCCCUUAUCAUUCCCUUAUUCAUCCCUUUCUUUUCAACCCCCUAAAAAUCAUUGUUUUUCAGUUCUACCCUAUGCAUUUCAUGAAACCUCACAGAAACUCAUGAUAUUUUAUAAGUUUGAGGAAACUCACAAGAAAUCUUACUCGAAUAUUUCAUUGCCUUCUACUUUACCCAUAUUGUACAGUGCGUAUCCUAAGGAAUAUUAAUGAAUUGGGACUUGCAAAAAAUCAUGUUCCCUGAAAUUCUUUGCUUCCAUUUUACAACAAUGUCCUUCGCAAAUUGAUUCAUUCAAAAUCAUUUUUAAGAAUAUUUUGAGCUCAAUGGUGCCAUCAAAGAUUUUAUUAUGCCAGUGGAAUCUCAUCUGACUAAUGUAAAAAAAAAAGUUGAGUCUCACAGACAAUGUUCUUUACGCAUGAGUGUGCUUCAAUAAUGCUCUUCAGGUGUGCGCCUCUGUCUUACGAUGGCUCAGAUUUUUUUUUUCUUGCCAUAUUUUUCUGAAUUAAAAGUGUGUCGUAACUUUUUUUAUCAAUUGAAAGUAACACACAAAAGGAAAUUUAAUGGUGUUAAAUAAUUUUAAAGAAGACUUAUUGAAGUAUUUUUAAUAUUUCCAAGUGCAAAAUGAGGAAUACUUUUUUUGGCAUCUUAUUAAAUCUAUUAUUCAAAUGAAAUUUACAAUGGAUGAAGCAUUAAAAGCAUUCUCCCAGGUUUAAGCGUCUUUAUUUAAGUUUUACUGAAGUAUUUUCUUGUAAACUACCAUUUCCUUCCUUCUUGAGAAAAAUGUCUGUGUCCAAAUUCUGCACAUUUUCUGUACAAGCCUUUGAAAACUUAUAAGAAUACAUGUGGACAGUUAAACUGCAGGAAUGCGUAUCUUGUUUGCCUCGUUUCAAAAUCUCUGGUCCUCUUUUAUUUUAUCUAAGGAGAAGAAAAAUCAUUGAAGUCUUCACGAAAUGAUUUUCAGUAUUUCUUAAUUUAAAAAAUGAAAUAUGGCAGGAAGUCUACAACAUCGCAAACCGAGAUAUGCCUUCCUGCAGUUUCACAGUCAAUACGUAGAAUGGCCAUUUAGCCAUUAACUGCUCCUGGCAGCAGAAUAUUGCAACUAAUAUUUUAUUAUUUUCCACAAAGUAUCAGGUAUCAAGGCUGUAAAUCCAUGACAAUUUUUGGAGUUAAUCUUUUCCUUACAGAUGGAACAAUCUGCCAGAUUGUAAGUAGCUUUUGCGUAAUCAGUCAAUCAAGCAAAGCACAGCUCACAGAUUAAUCCAACGAGCUAUUAUUAUGUGAUUUGUAUGCAUUGUGGUUUUUAGUCGGUGAUGGAAGCUCCAAUAACAUUUAUGUAACCUUGGUUUUGGCUUGACAACAAUUAUCAAAUGUCUUGCAACUUGAACCCCAUGGAAGCAAUUGUUGACUUUUAUAUUUACAAGUGAUUACCAUUCUUUCUCAAUUGAAACGAACCUGUUGUUGUUAUUAGAAUUCAAUAAAAUGUUUUCUAUGUGUGGAAACGAACGGAGCAUAAAGACUUGAUUAGAUUUAAUUAUUUUAAAAUAAGUUUGCUUGUUGUUACAAUAUCAGAUUUUUACAUUAUUUUUGUACAGUAGAUUAAUUGAUCGUCUGUGAAUGUUUUUGUAUCCUACAAAAUAAAUAAUCUAUUUUUGAAAAAUGAAAAA